CGUUCUAUAGUGCGUGAUUUCCAGGGAGAAUAGGGAUAUAGCACUAUCUUGCUCUUCUGGGUUUACCAUCGUAUUAUAGCCGUUAAACACAACAUGUCUGUGGCGAUCUUUUUGUCUCAUUGAGAUGACGUAUCAGAUUUGAGCCUCCGCCCGUGAACGAAGCUGGAAGGCGGCGUUGACUAUGUGUAAACAGACCCGGCAACCAGGAAGUGGUUUUGGUCGGUAGCCCAACCACUGUCUGUUAUGAAAGCGCUGAGCUCCACCCUGGGAAAAGCCGCCGGACUCUUAGCCCUCGUAGUUGCUGUAAUUGCAGCGGUUUUGAGUUAUUUCGAAGACCCUGAUCCGAUUAAGUCCAUCAGCAUGUCUGAGGACAUGAAGGUCCUGGAGGAAAACUUCAGGCAGCAGAACAGAAGCUGUUUCAUCCUCGGAGCCUCUGGGGAAACUGGACGGCUGUUGCUUCAAGAGAUGCUGGAGCGCAACCUCUUCUCUAAGAUCACUCUGAUAGGAAGGAGACCACUGACGUUUGAGGGCAAAGCGUAUGGAAACCUGGUACAAGAGGUGGUGGACUUUGAGAAGCUCGACGACUAUGCUGCUGCGUUUCAGGGUCACGACGUUGGCUACUGCUGCCUGGGAACCACCAGAGCAAAGGCAGGAGCUGAGGGAUUCAUCCGCGUGGACCAUGACUAUGUUCUGAAGUCAGCUGAGCUUGCCAAAGCUGGAGGCUGUGCACAGUUCCACCUGGAGUCAUCCAGAGGCGCCGAUAAAAACAGCAACUUUCUCUAUCUCAAAGUCAAGGGCCAAGUGGAAGCAGAUAUUGAGGCUCUGGCUUUUGACAGGUUUGCGAUUUACAGACCAGGUGUUUUAUUGGUAGACCGGCAGGAGAGUCGGCCGAGUGAGUGGCUGGCCAGGAAAUUCUUCAGUGUCUUAUCUCCUGUUUGCCCAUCGAUGUCCAUCUCAAUUCAAGAGGUGGCGAAAGCAAUGGUGUCAAACACUCUGCUUCAGCCUAAUCAUAAAACAGAGAUCCUGGAGAACAAAGACAUCAGUAACCUGGGAAAGGGUGCAGGGAAAUGAGAGAGCAAGCAAAAAACAGUAAGAUUAGCUAGUUACACCGACAACGCUACGUCCAAGCUAAGAUUCCUGACGUGGGAUUGAUUCUAGCUGCCUCCGUGAUUCUAUCAAGUUAUUUAGAUAGAACACACAAACAAAUAUGAUCACAUACUGAAAAUAUUCAUCACAGAACUCAUCAGAACACUUUAAAGCUCAUACAGUUAAACUGAUAGUGAAAUCUUUUCAUAAGGGAACUAUUGUGCUUUUUAAUCAUUUGGGCUCUGAGACGGGAAUCUUAAAGUUUGCUUAUGUAAAGUUUAAAGUUUGCUUAUGUAUUUUGCACUUGUGUGUGAUUUUCUUUGCUUUGAGGAUAUUUAUUGAAAAUGUUUCAAAUGUUACGCAUGUUGUGUAGUGUAGCAACAGAUCAACAGUAAAUGUUUUCAUGUUAAUGACUAGUUAAUCAAUUUAGAUUUUAAUUUGUAAAAGUUUGUCAUUAACAGUUCACAAACAGCUUUAAUUAUGAUCUAUUGUAUCUUAACAUACAUACAAUGACAUGAAUGUCUUAAAAAACAGUAGCUGGUUGAUAUUGAAUUUAAUGCACAUGCUGGUGGCAUGCUGCCAUUUAAGAUGGAUUUUGAAUGUAAUAUAAAAAAUGUAAAUUAAUAAUUUAACUAAAAUAAAUAUAGGAACAUUAUCUUCUACAUAAUUGCACAUGGGUUUACAGAGCAUCACCCCUUUACUUUGUAAGAACAGUCAUGUUACAAGUUUUAAGCGCUACCAUCUCUUAUUCCGUUCGAUUUAUUCUAUCGUUUCUUCUUCUAUCUAUCCUCCACAUUAUCUUGCUGAAUGCAUUUCGUUGUUCUAUGUAAAGCACUUUGCUGGUGCGUGAUAAUAAACAGAUUUUUUCUCCAUGA